GCAAAAGCCCACCAAAUGGCGGGAGCCUUCAGUUUUGUUAACGCACUUACCCUUGCACUUGCAGACACAGCAAACCGAGAUGGAGCGCAAAGACAGCCAGUCUCCUCAAGUGCAGGUGAGAUAACUCGGAUUCUGGUGGAAUUCCUCGAGGUUGCAAUCACUUCAGUCGUUUUCCUGAAGGGAAUUUACCCUCCAGGUGCUUUUGAAAGAAGGAAAUAUAUGAAUUUGGUGGUUCAUAGAGCUCGUCACCCUGAACUCAGAGAUUACAUCCAUUCCGCUGUCUCGGGACUUCUCCCUUUUAUCCAAAAGGGUCUCGUGGAGAGAGUAGCUGUUAUUUUCUUUCACGGUGACAACAUCCCUGUGGAAAGAUUUAUGUUUAAGCUCAAUGUGAAUCAAUCGUAUGGCUCGAGGGUGGAAGAAGCUGACCUGGAGUUCUCACUGAGGUCAUUUUUUAUCAAGCUUCCUGUCGCAGAACCCCUUACCAAGGCUCUUCCCCAGAAUUGCAGGUGGGAGAUAACUGCUUACUUUCGAUCACUCCCUCAGGCUUGUACAAGUAAGGAUGCAGAGUCGUGGAUUCCAACAGAUACAAAGCAGUGGCAACAACCUCCGUUAAUAACCCCUAUUAAGUCAAUGAGUAGCCAACCUCUAUCUGUGCAGUUAUAUUUGGAACAUCCAAGUUUAUCUGAACCAAAGGCUUGAAAGAGGAAUACAAUUGUUCCUACGCAUAUGCAUGCAUGCACGUAUGCUUAGCUGGUAUUGGCCUUACCUAAUUUACUUUUUAAGUCCUUCAAUGUGAUAGAAAAUUCAUGUUUUGUUUUGUCUUGAUUUUACAUGAAAAAUACAAUGCAUGUCCCCUGAACAUGCUGCUUGAGAAGUAAAUCUUGCUUGCUUGCUGCAUUUAGUAUAUAAACCACAAUAAGUUAGUGUUUACUAUUGGUAUUUGUUAUCCAAUUAGGAUGAGAUUAGAGAGUACCGAUGUAGAAAGCUUGUGGAAGAUGAAGGAUGGAUGAAAAGGACAACACUGUAGAUCAAGCUGGAGGUGGUUAGCUGAGGGUAUUGUUGUUUGUGCUCUUCCACAUCUUGCACUUGUGUGCAGCCGUGUAGGCGGAGAAGUACCACUUACUAAACUGAAGAGCUAGUUGGUAGCUGCUCAACAUUAGUUUAUGAAUGAACAGUUUUAACAAUUAUCGGUGUUUGUGGGAGAAACGGGUGUUUCGUUAGGCUGGAAUAUGAGUUUGAAAAUGAGUUAGCAGUUGCACAGAUUGGAACGUGGUCUGCAAGCGGCUAUAUAAGGUUAAUUUCCCAUGCAAUCGAUGAAGUACUGACCAUGCUCAUGUUCAGUUUCUAUGUCCGAAUAUUGUACAUUGUCUUAUUGAUAUGCAAAUUUUCUUCUUUA